AUGCUCAGGUCUGGCUCCCGGCGCAUGGCCGUGUCUUUCACCAUGCGACCUCAGACGGAGAGUCGUUUGUUCACGCUGCCCGCUGAGGUUCGGAUUCAAAUCUACACACUCGCACUGACAACAGAAGGCACUGUUCGACGAUUCGGGACUCCCUCAACGCGUACGCGCCCAUACGUGAACCGGUUUCUCACCACGACGAUCUUCGUCACCACAUUGCAGCUUGUCGCUUUUGCAAACAUCAUCAACCGUUUGGAGAUCCUCCCGGAACAUCUGAUAGCGGAUGAGGGCAAUCACAAGGCGCCUGGCGACGUCAUGCCCGUUCUCCGCGCUUGGAACAUCCGGCUACGUUUGGUCGAGAGACUCAUCAUUCCUAUCACAGAUCUUGCAAGCCUACCAUCGGUCUGCGAACUUCUGGGACUUUACGUCAGUCUCAGAGAAGUGCGUUUCAAGAGUUUUACAGAAGCAAUAUGCCAGUAUCGACAGAAGCACCAAGGCCAUUCUCGCCCAUGUGAUCAACUUCGCCUGGAAUUUUCGCAGUCUCGCUCCCGUCGACCCACAGACUCAGUGUCGAUUCUUCACCUUGCCCGCGGAGCUCCGCAACGACAUCUAUUCUCUCGUAGUCUCCAUUCCGACGAACGAGACCGGGAAAGUAGAGCUGCGCAUGACAUUUCCAUCAGACCGCAGACGCUUGAAACCAUCCGCCCUCUCGGUCGCGUGGACAUGCCGACUCAUCAACAGCGAGGCGUAUGGCAUCUUCUACGCUAUGCAUCACAUCUACAUCCCGUACGUUGGCAUGCCUGGACCCUACGUCAUUCUAUCGCACAAUGUGUCAGUCGACUUGGCCAGAAUCGAAACCCUCACCAUCGGCGUAAGGACGAUAUCUUUUGUUAUUGA